GACCCCGUGACUGAUAAUACCACCCAGUCUAUUAUUUAUUUAUUUUUUCUCUUAGCCUUUUCCACUGGCGGCUGAGGGGAAUUUGUAGGAGUGCGCGCGCGCGUUCCUGUGAUCGGUUGUGAGCUUUCUUCACCAACCUGUCGGCCUGGUGAUGGCGGGGGAAUCAAACCAUCCCCGCUCGCUCCGUUGCAUGUGCGUACGGUACAGAAUGUAGUAGGUCACACGGAAGGUUUGAGCGGACGCCUGUUUGCAUGGAGCAGAUGGACGGACGCGCGUCUCCGCACCGUGUGGCUGUGCGACUCGCGGCUGUACUGCAGCAGGCGGAGGGAUACACGGCUCCCCUCCCUCUCCGUCCCGUCAUUACAUCCCUGCCACCGAAAAUAACUUGGCUCGACGGGCUUCCCCGGCGCAAAUGAGGCUCGGGCAAAUUUUUUUAGAGGUGGAUAGGAUGCGUUUGAAUUACUUCCUUCCAGUAUUGGUUUUAUACCGGAAUACUUCCGAUCGUUUGGCGGCAGGAUACGAGAAUCAAUAGGUCAUAAACGCAAGCAAUUUUGCGCAUAGAAAAAUGCUGGAGGAACUCAGCAAGUCCAGCGUUUGCAUUAUGUGGUAGUAAGUUGUAAGGCUUUAAACCAAUAUCCUGAAGGCCCGAAAUAUCGAUUAUUUAUUCAUUUCCGUAGUUGUUGCCUGACCCGCUGUGUUCCUCCAGUAUUAUGCGUGGUUCCUUGAUUGACCGACAGCUGGUUUGUCCAAUAGAUAAUGCGGUGGCUAGCUCGGAAUUCCGAUGUAACCAAUCAGUAUGUAGGGGGCAGGACGUCAAUUAGGCUGAAAGGCAAAAAACUGGUUGACAAAAAAUGGAAGAACGAUUCGUGAAUACCCAACUGUGAUAGACAAGGAAGCAAAUUGAGGAGCUAAUGACGGAGGGACUCAGUAAUUAAUGUUCUGGCGAAACUGAACGAUUGAAAUAGUGUUCUAAGGAGGAAUGUAGGGCCAGAAAGAUGGCAUCUGCCGUUGACCUGUUGCUCCGGUAGGCGAAUUGCAAAGCGUCGAGGUUGACCGAUGCAGUUUGUCUUGCUGAGCACUUUCAGUACAGUUGGCCUUCCCUGUUCACGGGUUCUGCAUCCGCGGAUUCAGCCAACCACGGAUCAAAAAUAUUCGGGAAAAAAUUCCAGGAAGUUCCAAACAGUAAAACUUGAACUUGCCGAGCACUACGUUGAAUCCACGCGAAUGAAGUGAUGUGUAGGCAUACCGAGCUGUAGCCUCCCGCCAUUUCACAGAUUCUCAGUCUCUCUCUAGCACUUGUUGUUUGAGCAUUGUUCGCCUCGCGUCUCGUUCGUUCGCUACUUGUGUUGUGCACCCUUUGUUUCUGUGAAAAAAAAUGGCUCCUAAAAAGCAAUUAAGUGGUCAAAGCAAUUCCUCAAAGGCUAAGAGGGAGCGUAAAGUGCUAUCUCUUGCCGAGAAAAUAAAAAUCUUAGAUCUUUUGAAAAGUGGCAUGUCGCUCUCUGAAGUGGGCCGUAAGGUUGGUAAGAACGAAUCAAGCAUUCGCACAAUAAAGCAGAAAGAAGCUGAAAUUCGUGGAAGUGUUAGUGUUACCCCUACAACGGCAAAAAUGGUCUCUCUGGUUCGUGAUAAAGUGCUUGCAAAGACUGAGAAAGCAUUAAGUGUGUGGCUAGAGGACAUGUCACAGAAGCAUAUCCCUGUUGAUGGCAAAACUAUUCGUGAAAAAGCACUUAGCCUCUAUGAGCACUACUGUGAGGGGGUUGAGGAGAGCGAGAGGAAGGAGUUUAAGGCUAGUAAGGGAUGGCUGGCUAGCUAUGUAAAGCGCUACAGCCUCAAGAACUUAAAGCUCACAGGAAAAUCGGCAUCAGCGUUCCCAGAAGAUCUCAAGAAACUCAAAAAGAAAGGCUACGUUCCAGAGCAAGUAUUAGGAAAUAUGGCACAAGUUGCAACUACACCAGUUAUAAAUGAAGAACCCUCUGGUGCCAAAAAUCUUCUGGCAGUAAGGUUCCUUAUAUCAGCACUGGAGUCGAUGUGCCAGGAAAUUGCAAAGUCAAAAGCUGAAGUGGCAUGUAUUGCUGUAUAUGAGAAAGAUAUAUUUGUGGUGGGGACUGAACGAGGAAGAUCUUUCAUUGGAAACCGAAAGGAUUUUCAAACUGACUUUGUGAAAUACUUGGAAACAAAACAGCCAACUAGGAAGGAGAACACACAGAUGCCUCCUGGAGGCUUUGUUCCAGUUAAGGUGAAAACUGAGCCAUGUGAUGAUAACCAACCGAGUACAUCAGUUGAUCCGGUCCCAGUCAAAGUUGAAACAGAAGACCCUGAUUAUUAUCAAUACAGUGUUCAAGGGCUAGGUGUGACAAUUUCAGAUGUCAUUGAUACUACAAGACCUUCCCAAUUAAAGUCUUUCAAAGGAGGAGAGUUGCCGAAUGAAGCCAAUGCAUCAAGUGAAGAGACUGAAGAGGAGUUUACAGCAGAUGAUCCAAAGCAGCAAGAGCUUUCUGAAACUAGUGACUACCCAGAAGUAGAAGUUACUAUUGAAGAUGAUGAAUAUUUCCCACCAAAUAAGCGACCAAAGAGUACUGUACAGGCAACAGAUGCUGGGGCCACAGUGAAGUGGAAAAAUAGAGAAUUCAAUUUUGAGCAAUCCAAUGCUAGGAUUACUGAUUUAAGAAAACAAGUGGAAGAACUCUUUGAAAGAAAAUAUGCUGAAGCAACUCUAGCUACUGGACCGGUUGUGAUCCCAUAUCCACUCUUCCAGUCCAAUUCUGAAGAUCUUUGUGUUGAUGGCUUACCUGAAGGGAUUCCAUUUAGGAGGCCGUCCACCUAUGGAAUUCCAACAUUAGAAAGAAUCCUUCUAGCAAAAGACAAGAUAAAAUUUGUUAUAAAAAGCUUGCUCGGAAUGUCAGAUACACCAGUAAGGAAACAAAAGCAUUCAAGUGAUGAGAGAAGCACCAAAGAUUUUCAAGAAUGGUGGAGUGAAAGAUUUGGCAUGAUUAAAAAGGGUGAUAAAGCAUUCUGCAUCUUUUGUUCUGAAACAGUGGUGUGCAGGACUUCCUGUGUGAAGUGGCAUUAUGAAACUCUUCACAAGCAACUCUGCAAUAAGAGUGAGCAAGAACAAAAAGAACACAUUUCUCGAGAAAUCUGCAACAAACAAAUGCAGUCAAAUAUUUUGAUGUCGUUCAUUUCAGAUAGUUCCAAUUUAGUUGCUGCUAGUUUUGAGGUUUCAAAGGUUAUUGUUAAACAUGGAAAACCACUCAGUGAUGGGGAAUAUGUAAAAGAAUCAUGGCUAGAAUGUGCUCCUUUCCUUUUUAACGGUUUUCUAGAAAAAGAAAAAAUUAUUCAGCGCAUUAAGGGUUUGCCAGUGAGCAGUAACACGAUAGAAGAAAGAAUAUUAAUGAUGGGAACAAACGUAGCAGAACAACUAACAAAAGAUAUUAGUUCAUGUAAAUUUCUUUCCAUUUGUCUUGAUGUGAGCAUUGAUGUUAUAUCGCCAGCUAGGCUAGCCAUCAUUGCUAGAUUUUGUAGGGAUGAUGAAAUAUGCGAAGAACUGGUUAACUUGGUAAUGUUACCUGAACACACCACAGGGAUUGAAAUCUGUAAGGCAGUAGUAAAGGCAUUGUCUGGUCGACAAGUUAACCUUUCUAAAAUAGUUUCUGUGACAACUGAUGGUGCACCUAGCAUGAUUGGUGAAGAGGCAGGUUUUGUAGAUCUGCUUGAAAAUGAUGUUGGACAUCCACUGAUAGGCUUUCAUUGCAUAGUACACGAGGAGUCUCUGUGUGCGAAAGCUGCCCUUAAGGAACUUAAAGAAGUGAUGAAAAUUGUAACCAAGGUAAUUAAUUUUAUUUCUGGGCAUCCUUUUAAUAAAAGACAAUUUCAGAAUUUAUUGAGCGAGGUGCAGUCAGUGUACACAGGACUAUUUACAUUCAAUAGUGUUCAGUGGCUUAGAAGAGGUUCUGUCCUGAAAUGCUUUGUUGAGUGUUUGGAUGAAAUUCAUCUAUUUUUGACAAGUGAAAAAUUUGCUUGUCAAGAAUUAUACGACAUUGUGUGGAUUUGUAAAUUGAUGUUUUUUGCAGAUUUCUCCUCACAUUUAAGUGAUUUGAGCACCAAAUUACAGGGAUGUGGCAAAACGCUUGAUGUCAUGUUUGAUAAUAUAAAGGCCUUUGAAAUCAAACUGGAAGUAUUUAAACGUGAUGUGGAAAACGGCACUUUUAAAUAUUUCCCUAACCUAAAAAAACAUAUGACAGCCGUUGAAAUUCCAGAAAAGACAGACAUUCAGAGCCUUCAAAUACAAUUUUUGAGCAUCAUUGAUUCAACUGCUGAACACUUUUCUUUCAGAUUCACUAAAUUCAGGUUGUUUGAAGAAACUGCAAAAUUCAUUAAGUAUGCAGACUGUGUUACAAUAGACAAACUGAAUUUAGAAAUAUUACAGUGGAUUGAUUUGGGUAAUUUUGAAAUGCAAUUGAUUGAUUUACAAAGCAGCUCAAUUUGGAGGCAAAAAUUUGUUGACUUAAGAGUUGAACUAGAAAAUAUUGAAAGAGAUCGGUUAGUGACUGGAUCAAAGCUUAAAAAUCCAGACAAUGAGAUUCUGAAGCUCUGGAAUUCCAUUCCUGAAACUUUUAACUGUCUGAAAGAUCUUGCUAUGGCAAUAUUAACAGUAUUUUCAUCAACAUAUUUAUGUGACUCAUUAUUUUCAAUGAUGAACUUGGAGUCUAAUUAUUGGAAUCGACUUAAUGAUGAAAUUAGUGCUACGUGCAUAGCCCUUAAGACAACCAAAUACAAACCGGAUGUAAAACAUUUGUCAUCGUUAGUGCAGCAACAAAAAUGCCACUGAGUAAAGUGUGUUUAUUUUUCUUUCCUUGAGCUUUUGUAAGUAUGCAGCAAAGCUUAUAAUUUCAUGUUCACAUUUCUUAUGAAGUACAAUAACAAUACUAUUUAGAAAUAUUUUCAAUUGUCUUUUUGAAAUAUUAAAAAUAUUUUG